AUGGGUCAAAGAGACUUCGUAUCUGUGUUCCGACGUUCCAUUGAGUCUGGAACGUCGAGUUUGGUUGGCUUGGUAAAGGAAAUUUUAAAGGGGCUUUUCGAGAUUCUUCAAUUGGAUAUUGGUUUUGACUCAGAUACGAAAGAGAGGACUACAUCUUCAGGGACAAAAAUGCAGCCUUUACUGUCUGAUUCUCCUUUCGGAGCCAUAAUUUGUAAGGCUGGUAACCGAAUCUGUAGCAGUUUAACAGCAGAAAAUCCUUUGACGGGCACCAGAUUUUGUGAUCUCUGUUGCAGUGAGCCUGGUUUUUGCGGAGACUGCUGUUGUAUACUUUGCCGUAAGCUUAUCACUUUGGACUAUGAUGGGUACAGUUACAUCCGAUGUGAAGCUACAGUAGUUGAUGGCCACAUAUGUGGACAUGUUUCCCAUCUAGAGUGUGCUCUACGAGCUUACAUGGCUGGGACGGUCGGAGGAAGCAUCAAUUUGGAUGCAGAGUAUCUCUGUCGAUAUUGUGAUUCAAGGACGGAUUUGGUUCCACAUGCUUUGAAGCUUUUAAACAUUUGCACAUCUGUUGCUUCUUAUGCUGACAUCGAAAAGAUUUUGAAUGUUGGCAUUUGUAUUUUGCGUGGCUCACAAAAAAGUAGUGCAAAAGAGUUGUUGCAUCGUAUUGAAUCAAUCAAUGCAAAGCUUAUGAAAGGAGUCAGCAUUCAAGAUGCAUUCAAAAAGGAAAUCUGUGUGGAUAGCACUGGUAACUUCUCUGCCUUGUCAUAG